AUGCCGAAUCAAACCUCAGUCACUGAAUUUCUCCUCCUGGGAGUAACAGACGUUCAAAUACUGCAGCCUUUUCUCUUUGUGGUUUUCCUCGCAAUUUACUUUCUCAAUGUGGCUGGGAAUGGAGCCAUUCUGAUGGUUGUCAUCUCUGAUCCAAGACUCCAUUCACCUAGGUAUUUCUUCCUGGGAAAUCUGUCAUGUCUAGAUACCUGCUACUCCAUGGUGACACUGCCAAAAACGCUGGAGAACUUCCUCUCUACACACAAAGCAAUUUCCUUCCUGGGAUGCACAAGCCAGCUUCACUUCUUCCACUUUCUAGGUAGCACUGAGGCCAUGUUGUUGGCCGUAAUGGCUUUUGAUGGCUUUGUGGCUAUCUGCAAACCAUUUCAUUACCCUCUUAUCAUGAAUCGUCACCUCUGUACCCAGAUGGCUGUCACUAUCUGGACCAUUGGUUUUUUCCAUGCCCUGCUGCACUCCACAAUGACCUCUCGCUUGAACUUCUGUGGUUCCAACCAUAUCCAUCACUUCUUCUGUGAUGUUAAGCCAUUGCUGAAGCUGGCCUGUGGGAACAUUGAGCUCAACCAGUGGCUACUCAGUACUGUCACAGGGACGAUUGCCAUGGGCUCUUUCUUACUAACACUUCUCUCCUAUUUAUACAUUAUCACCCAUCUCUUCUGUAAGACCCUUUCUUGCAGCAUGCUUUACAAAGCACUGUCUACUUGUGGCUCCCACUUAAUUGUAUUUAUUCUUUUCUAUGCUCCUGUUCUUUUCACUUACAUUCAUCCCGCCUCAGGUAGCUCCAUGGACCAGGAUCGGAUCAUUGCCAUCAUGAACGGUGAGGUCACUACUGUACUAAAUCCACUGAUCUAUUACUUUGAGGAACAAGGAAGUGAAGGGAGCCUUGAGUAG